GGGAAACAUCUACUGCCUGGUGCUGAGGGAGGCUUAUCCUGAAGAUGCAGGGCUGUACACCUGCAGGGCUAUCAAUUCUGUGGAUGUUGUGAGCUGUAGUGCUGAGCUACGCGUGGAGGAAGAGCUGACAGAUGAGGAGGGUGAGCCAAUGGUCCAUCCUGAGUUCCAACAAAAGAUCCGACCUUGUGAGGUCACGGAGGAUGACCCCGCCAGGAUGGACUGUAAGGUCACAGGUGUGCCGGAACCUGAGGUCACCUGGUAUAAAGACGGGGUAGAGAUCACACAGGACCCAGAGUACCAGUUCCUGUUUGAGGAUGAAGAGUCCAUGUGCCUGAUUGUUCCUGUUGCCAGUAAGAAACACGAGGGACUGUACAGCUGUCUGGCAGGAAACAAGCUGGGUCAGGUGGCCUGCUACGCUCGUCUCACGGUCAAGGAAAAAUCCAGAAGGCCGGCUCACCCUGGCCCUCCCUCCUUCCUGACUACUCUGGCAGACGUUUUCGCAGUGGAGGGCUCACAAGCUUGCUUCACAUGUACAGUGGUCGGAAACCCAGACCCUAACAUUGAAUGGCUGCUGGACAGCCGCGUGCUGAAACCCACGCCUGACUUCUCCAUGUCGUUUGAGAACGAUAUGGCAAAACUCGUCCUGAAGACUGCUUAUCCAGAGGACCAGGGGUUGUACACCUGUAAAGCAAGCAACAGUUACGGAGAAACGUCCUGCAGCGCGAGGCUCCACGUGUCAGAGGAGUACACGCUGGACACGACGCACGCCAUGCCGCCAAAGUUCAUCCACACAUUCCACGAUACGGACGCCAUGGAGGGCCGGGAAGUACGCUUCGACUGUCGCAUCAUCGGGAUCCCACAGCCAAAAGUCGCUUGGUACCUGCAUAACAGGGUCGGGAAGUACGCUUUGAUCCCACAGCCAAAAGUCGCUUGGUAUCUGCACAACAGGGAGGUGCAGGAUUCUCUGGAGUACCGGAUAUUCCAGGCGAACGACCAGCACUCGCUGGUUAUCCCUGAGGUUUUCCCGGACGAUGAGGGAGAGGUGGUGUGUAAGGCCGUCAACUCGCUCGGGGAAAUCAGCUGCAGCGCUGAGCUGUUUGUGGACGAGGAGGAACCAACCAUCACACGGCAAAGUCGUGAGGGGAGUACCACCACAGUAGCCGCCGCAGUCGGAGUCAUCCCGAACUUCGUGCAGCGCCUGCAGAACUGCGCCGUGUCAGAGGGCGAGACUGCGACCUUUCGGUGUCAGAUUACAGGUGACCCCAGGCCAAAGGUCAUGUGGUUCCACAAGAAGAGGGAAGUGACCUCGGCACGAAGGGUCAAGAUGUCUUAUACAGAAGAAGGUGUGGCUACCCUGGUCAUCACUGGUGCCAGUAAAGGGGACAUCGGGGUCUACGCUUGUGUAGCAAACAGCCCUGCCGGCAAGGCUACAUGUGUGGCAAAGUUACAUGUGGAGACAGAAGGUGUUACAGAGGAGGAUAGAGAGCAGACUCCGCCCCGAUCGCCGCACGCGAAACCACAGAUCAAGAAGAGCCGCAGCAGGGAAAUUGCUCCGAAGCCCCCUUAUGGAAAAACGCGUAACUCUCAGCCUUUUUGCUCCAAAGCCAUCAUACGGGAAGUCAUGCAUCUCCAGUUCUCAGGCUACGUUUAA